CUCAGGUCUCUCAUUCAUUCCUCUAUCCCUCCAUCCCUCUAUCCCACUCUCCUUUCUUUCCUUCCAUCCCGCGCAUCAUCCCGCCCACCAUGAAGUUGUCUGAUCCCUUGGCCCAAGUUAUCAUUCUGGGCUUCAUUUGCUUCUGCUGCCCAGGAAUGUUCAACUCUUUGAACGGAACUGGUUCUUAUGGUCUCGACCCAAAGGAUUCUGAUGUCGGAAACACCGCCAACACCGCCCUCGGUGCUAUGUUCGCUGUCUCUUCUCUCUUUGCUGGUGCUUUGUUCAACAUCUUUGGCCAUCGCCUCCUUCUCAUCGCUGGUGGUUUGACCUACGUCUUGUACGUCGGAUCUUACUUGGCUUACGCUCACAUCUCAUCCAUCGCCUUUGUUGUCGUCUCUUCUUGCUUGCUUGGUAUUGGAGCUGGUUGGUUGUGGACUGCUCAAGGUGCUGUCAUGAUGGGAUACCCCGAGGAAGGCGAGAAGGGCAAGUACUUCUCAAUCUUCUGGGCCAUCUUCAACUGCGGUGCUGUUCUUGGUAAUGCUAUUCCUCUUGGUAUCUCCUGGAACGGCAAGGCCAGCGGUGCCAGUGACUCUGCUUACAUUGCUUACAUGGUUGUCAUGACAUUCGGUGCUUUCCUCACCUUGUUGUUGUUGCCUGCUUCCAAGGUCAUUCGCAAGGAUGGAUCCCAUGUCGUCACUAUUAAGUACUCAAGCCCUAUCUCCGAGCUCAUGUCUGUCUUCGCCCUGUUCAAGGACUGGCGCAUGUUGGCCCUCGUUCCCAUGUUCUUCACCUCCAACUGGUUCUACACCUACCAUUUCUCCCUCAACUCUCUUAACUUCUCACUCCGCACUCGUUCCAUGAACUCACUCUGCUACUGGUUGGCUCAAAUUAUUGCCUCGAUCUUGUUCGGUCGUCUUUUGGAUCGCGCUUCAUGGACCCGCCGCACUCGUGCUAAAUUUGGUCUUCUUACCCUUACUCUCGUCUUGCUUGCCACAUACAUCGGAGCUAUUGCUUUCCAGACCAAGUGGGGACCUAAGAGCGCUAUUCAGAAUGAGAAGGGAGUCUGGGUCAAGAACCCUGACGAUUAUCUUAAGAUCGAUUUGGUUGACAACUCCAGCGCUUACAUCGGACCUUUCUUCCUUUACUUCUUCUAUGGUGUCACUGAUGCCAUGUACCAAGGAUUCUCGUACUGGAUCAUGGGUGCCCUUACUAACGACACCAACCAGGCCGCUCGCUAUGCUGGUUUCUACAAGUUUGUUCAGAACCUGGGUGCCAUCUUUGCCCCUCUUGUUCAGACCUCAACCAUUGGUGUUGCACCUUCAGAGGGUAGCCAUGCUCUUCACGCCAGUGGUCGUGGUAUGGGCGAACUCAUCGUUGUCAUUGUUCUCAUCUUCGUCGGAAUCCUUGGUGCUGCUCCUGUCGUCUUCAAGGCUGUUAAGGAUCACACCGCCGAGGAGAACGAGGUGUCUAGCGAGAAGCAGGAGGCUGGCUUUGAGGAUGUCAAGGCUUAAAUAACUCAUAGCUUCAUUUCAUUUAUUUUUUAUAGUCAUUUAUACCGAUAUGUUUAUCAUUAGUAACAUUUUCUUAAUACGUGAUUUAAAAUCUGCCUUGUCGCUCUUGUUAAUCUCUUUUAUACCCCACAAAAAGAUAAUAAAAACUACUAGCAGGU